GUCGCUGGCCCGUCAAGUCAUUUCCACGGCGACGUAUCCGCAGUCCGCAGCCUGAGACGGCCACAGAAGCGCCGUCGCCAGCUUACCCAGUCACACGCCGCCCGCGCCCGCGUCGCAUGGCACUCCCAACGACAACCACCACGGCCGCUGACGCACCGCAUGCAGAGCGACGUCUGCCUGCCCUGCCUGCCCGCCGCCAGCUGUGGCUCAGCCCGGAUUGCAUGUCGCGGCCGUGGAACCGCUCCACCGUGUCUGGCGUCACAAGGCCUCGCCACAGCCAUCAAGACGUCGCCGGGCGCUUGGCGGAAGCUUAUUCCUGCAUGCUGUGAGGGAUUUAGCACCGCGGCGAAGCUUAGCGCAGCUUAGUUGCGCAAUGGGGCGUCUGCACACGGCCAGGAUCUGCAUGGCCAACUGCAGAUGUGAUACGAGAAGCGCCGAAUGACGAGGCCCCGUUAUUGCCUCAGACUGGCUGAGCCACGCUCUUCUCUGCCCGUCCCAUAUACGCUGUCGUCUAGACUCGCAGCCCGCCUGGCGCAACAUGUUCCAGGGGCCGACGAGGCGGUGCUCCAUGCCCCCCCAGGCCAAUCGCACGCCUGACAUGUGGCAGCGGUUGAAACUGGCCAUGCACGCCCUCCUCGACUUCGAC